AAUGCGCAUGUUCACUGAGGAGGGGAACAGCUGACGUCUGUCACCGGAAUCGCUCCUACUAGCUAGCUGGUUGAAUGAGUUGCUCGCUCGAGCCGUAGUAUUCUGAAACAGACAUGGAAUGUUGACGUUUGCUGUGUUUAAAACGAAAAGGAAAAUCAAGUAAUUCAUAUACGAAGAUCCAAGUUAAUAUUUGCGUUGUGAGCCUGAUAAAAUGAUGCGUUUCAUGUUGCUGUUCAGUCGGCAGGGGAAGCUGCGUCUCCAGAAGUGGUACACGGCCACGGCCGAGAGGGACAAGAAGAAGAUGGUGAGGGAGCUCAUGCAGGUGGUGCUGGCCCGCAAGCCCAAGAUGUGCAGCUUCCUGGAGUGGAGGGACCUCAAGAUUGUCUACAAGAGGUAUGCCAGUCUGUAUUUUUGCUGUGCGGUGGAGGAGCAGGACAACGAACUCAUCACUCUAGAGGUCAUCCACCGCUUCGUAGAGCUGCUGGAUAAGUACUUCGGCAGCGUAUGUGAGCUGGAUAUCAUCUUUAACUUUGAGAAGGCCUACUUUAUACUGGAUGAGUUUCUGAUGGGGGGGGAGAUCCAAGACACGUCCAAGAAGAGUGUUCUCAAGGCCAUCGAACAGGCCGACCUACUACAGGAGGAGGACGAGUCUCCGAGAAGUGUUCUAGAGGAGAUGGGCCUGGCGUAGUGACAGCAGGGUACUCUGAUCACAGCACUUUUUAAUCAGGCAACAGACAGGCGAAGAGACGGAGGACUUUGGGUUCCAUGUGCAACAGGGUGGAGGAAAGGGGGUUUGAUGUGGAGGGGGUUUUGGGGGAGGCUGGGAAGGGGGUAAAGGCUGGGGUGGAAUCUUAUCUAAGGUGUGUCUCAAGUGGCACCCUAUUCCCUAUAUAGUACUCUAGGGCACAAAAGAAGUGCACCUUUUUUAAGUAAAAAUAGGGUGUCAAUUGAAAUUCACACGUUGACGUUUGGGUACUGAAUUCCAGACAUUGCUGACAUUGUUGUGUAUUAUCAUGAUGAUGAUCCACGCCCUAUUUAUAUUAGCUCUGUGAAAAUGGUGCCACUUUUGGCCGAAGGAUUUAGCUACUACUAAUGUUGUAUGACCCAGACUUGGGAUCAAAUACUAUCUGAAAUUGUUCAUGUACUUCUAGCGUUUUGCUUUAGCCUGCAUGGAUUGGUUCCGUUCUGCCAGGACGCUCAAUCAAGCUCAGUUUGAAGUAUUUGAAAUAGUAUUUGGUCCCUGCUCUGAUUUGACCUUGGAACUUUCCCUCCAGAGGCAGGUCAGAAUGUGUCUUAAUGCUUUUCAUUUUUUUAGCAGGUGAUGAAAUAAAAACAAACAUUUUCCCCAACAGAUUACGUUUUAUCAGAUUAGGAUGUGUCCCAAAUUGCACCCUAUUCCCUAUAUAGUGCACUACUUUUGACCAGGACCCAUAGUGUGUUAACUUUCACCAGAGCCUUAUGUAGGGAAUAGGGUGCAAUUUGAAGGGGACAGGGAUUUGCUUUUAAAUUAAUGGUCGUCCAAUAUUUUGUAUAUGUACCACACGUUAUGAGAAUAAUAUAAUACGUUUGCUGUUUUUAAGGGACCACAUUGAUUGUCUGCAUUGGUGAGUUCUGUUGAACCCGUAGGAUAUGUUGUAGGGUUAUCAUUCCCAUUUAUGUCAAUCUGAAGAUUGAUUCUUCCCAAGUUCUGGUUCCAUCCAGAAUUCCAUAGAAUUUAGAAUUCUAUUUCUGUGUUCUAUUCCGCAACCGUUUUUCUCUCUCUCUCGAUUUCCUCCAUCUCUCAACCCCCUCUCUCUCUCUUGCGUAUCGAGCAAGUAACCUAUGGGGAAGUUUGAUGUGAUCUUUUAGCCUGUGUGUGGCUGUGCUAGCAUGAAUGUGGAAAGGGCUCAAUGUCAUAGUAUGCAAUGUAGUGAUGAUGAUGAUUCAGAUGAGACUAACCCAGGGCACAAAAAUAUAGGCAGAGAGGGAGAGUGUUGUUUUUGAGCAGCAAAGUACAACAAAAGGCAAACCAACUACUUUGACAUACACGUGACUUUUUAAAUAAUGGACCUAGCUACCUACCAUUCCUAUAACAUCACACACAUUAAAUGUAGUACAUUUUACGCCGAUCAAAUACCCACUUUCCAAAGAGUAAUAAUGUUUGUGUCUGCAACAAGAGGGAAUAGACCAAUAGGAAUAAAGUGCAACUAGAAGAGAGUUUGGCUUCAGACUGUAGACAUGCAUUCUUAUUACCUGACUUUAGCUUUUUGAUUUAAAUAAGAUACGUUUCAACAUUUAUACUAGUGUACUACUUGCUAGUGUGCAUUCCCAAUACAUUACUUCACUCUAAUUAGUAUCAAUACAUAGGCUACAUUCCGAUAUCCACACUAGCGUACCACUUAGGGUGCCAUUUGGGACACCAGCUGUUUAGUGUAGUUCUUUUGACCAGAGGCCCUAAAUAUGGAACAGGGUGCCGUUUGGGAUGAAGCCUUUGGAUGCAUGCCCAAUAUAUUGCUCCAUUCAAAGUGGUAUACUAGCAUGGUCAAUGGGACAGAACUAUUGCUUCAUUAUUAGUAGUGCGCUAGUGUGGAUUAUUGGAACUGCGCCGAAUAAGAAAUGAGGAGAUAUUUUGAUUCACGUUUUUUCAGGGACUCCAAAAGGGGUGUGUGUAGGGUUUUAUUCAUUUGGGAUCCAGCAUGAGGGGUGGGUGGCAUGUGAUAAAUUACUAUUGAACUACGGUCCAGUCAUGGCACCCUAUUCCUUUUAUAGUGUGCAAUCUUUGCUUUGACCAGGGUUCUGGUCAAGUAGUGCACUGUAAAGAGAGAAGGGUACCAUUUGGGACGUAGACAUAUUAUCAAAGGGAAUCGUGUGAAUGUAAUUUUAUAAUGAAAAUAAAAUGCCAUUAGAAAGGA